UGAAGUAAGGAAUAAUGAAACAUUGCUAGGUUGGUUGUCUCAUGUCUGUCUUGCCAACUCACCUCACCUGAGAAAUUUGAAUUUCUGGGCUAAAAACCAAAACACCAUCAUCACAUCACCAUAAAAAACCAACCAAAACUCUUUACACACACACAGUUUUUACCUUUCAUUGAGUUUUCAGAAAAACACACACAACAGAAGAAGAAACAGAGCACAAAACAACUAACCAAAUUUUCCAAUAUUGUUGGGUGUUUGGUUUCUGUUAUCUUUCUCUUUCUCUCUGUGUUGUUUUUGAGGAGGUUAGUUUCCCUCAACAACCUCAACCUCCUCGCUAUUACAACCUCGUAUUCUUCGCUUUCAGUAAUGGAAACCCGACAUGUUCCUCGAUUUGGCAAAUGCACUUCUGUAAUUCGUUUUCCGAGUUUCUCUUGAUUCAUUCAAAACAAACCCUAAUAUCCCAAAAGGGUGUUGAAAUCUCGAGCUGGAUUGUGAGAAUUUGAAGAAAUUUUUGAAGAAAUCUGAAGAAGAUGAUGUUAUCACCUUCGCCAUCUUCUCUCGCGAGGAGCUCGUUGGAGGAGAUGCUUGAUUCGAUUCGCCGGAGAGAUGAUGAGGAGAAGCCGAAGGACUUGCCGCCGGCAUUGCCGUCGCGGCCGACGUCGAGAGCUCGGCUUCCGCCGGCGAGGAGGACGUUGCCGAAGGGUUUAAUGUUGGAUGAGAAGGAAGAUGCCAAGAAGAAGGGGCAUAGCAGGAAAGGUAGUUUUGGGGGAAAGAAGAUUAAGUUGGAUUUUGAAUCUCCUUAUGUGGCGGAAUCGGAGGAGAAGAUUGUUGAAGAAGCGUUGACAGGUCCUGUUUCGACGUCUGCUGAUGAUUCUGCUGCUGCUUCUGUAGCUCCCCCAUCCUUGGAAUUGGAGGAUGAUAACGUUGCUUAUUUCAUUAAGAAGAAGCUUCAUGUUUGGUGUAGGCAGCCAAAAGGGAAGUGGGGGCUAGGAACGAUACAGUCAACUUCAGGAGAGGAAGCAUCUGUUUCACUCUCCAAUGGAAAUGUUAUGAGAGUGGCCAGAAUAGAACUCCUACCAGCUAAUCCGGAUCUUCUAGAGGGUGUGGAUGAUCUUAUACAGCUCAGUUAUUUAAAUGAGCCCUCAGUUCUUCACAAUCUUCAGUUUAGAUAUUCUCAAGAUAUGAUUUACAGCAAAGCAGGGCUGAUUUUAAUUGCACUCAAUCCCUUCAAAGAUAUACCAAUUUAUGGAGAUGAUUAUAUCACAGCUUAUAGGCAGAAAUCUAUCAAUAGUCCUCAUGUUUAUGUUACGGCAGAUGCAGCUUAUAAUGAGAUGAUGAGAGAUGAAGUAAAUCAGUCCAUUAUCAUAAGCGGCGAGAGUGGCUCUGGGAAAACAGAGACAGCAAAAAUUGCUAUGCAAUACUUAGCUGCUAUUGGUGGGGGCAGUUGUGGGAUAGAAGAUGAUAUUAUUCAGACAAAUUUAAUACUAGAAGCUUUUGGGAAUGCGAAAACAUCUAGGAAUGACAACUCUAGCAGAUUUGGGAGGCUGAUCGAAAUUCAUUUCAGCAUAACGGGGAAAAUUUGUGGGGCUAAACUUCAAACCUUUCUAUUAGAAAAGUCAAGAGUUGUUCAACUGGCUUGUGGCGAGAGGUCGUAUCACAUAUUUUAUCAACUUUGUGCUGGAUCUUCACCUGAUCUGAAAGAUAAACUGAAUCUAAGAGGGGCCAAUGAAUAUAAAUAUCUUAAUCAGAGUGACUGCAUGACAAUUGAUGGUGUUGAUGAUGCAAAAAAAUUUCAUAGGCUGAUGAAAGCAUUGGAUGCUGUUCAAAUGUGCAAAGAGGAUCAAGAGCUUGUCUUUAAGAUGCUUACUGCAAUACUGUGGCUCGGAAAUAUAUCAUUCCAAGUUACGGAUAAUGAAAAUCACAUUGAAGUGGUUAAUGAUGAAGCUGUAACCAGUGCUGCUUUGCUGAUGGGUUGCAGUUCCCAGGAGUUAAUGACAGCAUUAUCUACCCAUAAAAUCCAAGCUGGCAAGGACACUAUUACCAAAACCUUGACGUUGCGGCAGGCAAUUGAUGCAAGAGAUGCAUUAGCAAAAUUUAUCUAUGCAAGUUUGUUUGACUGGCUUGUAGAGCAAGUUAACAAGUCACUUGAAGUGGGUAAACGACGAACUGGGAGAUCCAUAUCUAUCCUUGAUAUUUAUGGGUUUGAAUCAUUCCAGAAAAACAGCUUUGAACAGUUUUGUAUAAAUUAUGCCAAUGAAAGGCUUCAACAACAUUUCAAUCGGCAUCUGUUCAAACUUGAGCAGGAGGACUAUGAAUUAGAUGGUGUUGAUUGGACCAAGGUAGAUUUUGAGGACAAUCAAGAAUGUUUAGAUCUCAUUGAGAAGAAGCCUCUGGGGCUACUCUCUUUGUUGGAUGAGGAAUCAAAGUUCCCCAGAGCCACUGAUCUAUCAUUUGCCAACAAACUUAGGCAGCACCUGCACGCUAAACCUUGCUUUAAAGGGGAAAGAGGCAGGACUUUCAGUGUUUGCCAUUAUGCAGGGGAGGUUUUGUAUGAUACAAGCGGCUUUCUAGAAAAGAACAGAGAUCCACUGCCUUCUGAGUCUAUUCAACUACUGUCAUCAUGUAGUUGUAAACUACUUCAGUUGUUCUCGGAGAUGCUUAACCAGUCUGAUAAGCAAUCAAAUUCCCAGCACGUAGGGGCUCUGGACUCGCAAAGGCUGAGCGUUGGCACAAAGUUCAAGGGCCAAUUAUUCAAGUUGAUGCAUCAGUUGGAGAGCACCACACCUCACUUUAUUCGGUGUAUAAAGCCAAAUACUAAGCAACUUCCUGGCGUAUAUGAUGAAGAUCUUGUCCUACAACAACUCAAGUGUUGUGGAGUUUUGGAAGUUGUUAGGAUUUCAAGGGCUGGAUAUCCUACUCGAAUGACACAUCAAGAGUUUGCCAGAAGGUAUGGGUUUCUACUUUCUGAGGCCAAUGCAGCUCAAGAUCCACUGAGCAUCUCAGUUGCUGUUUUGCAACAAUUUAAUAUCCCUCCUGAGAUGUACCAAGUUGGCUUCACCAAACUGUAUCUUCGAACAGGGCAGGUUGGUGCACUGGAGGAUAGGAGAAAAAAAGUUCUGCGAGGAGUACUUGGGGCUCAAAAAUGCAUUCGUUGUCAUCAAGCUCGCCGUUAUUACCAUGAGCUUAAGAGUGGAGCGACAACUUUACAAUCAUUUGUUCGCGGAGAAAUGGCAAGAAGGAAAUAUGGUGUUAUGGUGAAAUCUUCUCUUACUAUUUCUUCUGAAACAAUGGAGGAGAGACAGGCAAUCGUAGCACUACAAUCUGCAAUACGUGGGUGGCUGGUUCGUAAGCAUACUGGUAGCUUGAAUAGGUUCAAGAAAUAUCCUGGAAAUCCAAAACCUAGACGAAAGUCACGAACGAAGAUGCCGGAAGUGGAGCAGGAAGCAUCCAAAGAGCAUGCCCAUAAUCUGCCUUCAGCCUUGGAAGAGCUCCAAAGACGGGUUGUCAAGGCUGAAGCAACUAUACAGCAAAAGGAACAGGAAAGUACAGAAUUGAGAGAACGGUUAAAACAAUUUGAGAAAAGGUGGAUUGAAUAUGAGACAAAGAUGAAAACAAUGGAGGAGAUGUGGCAAAAACAGAUGGCAUCUUUGCAAAUGAGUCUUGCUGCUGCUAGAACCAGCCUUGCCUCAGAAAUUGCCACUGGUCAGCAAGUGAGACAUGAUGUUGCAUCACAUUUCUGCUAUGAUUCUGAAGAUGCGACUUCAAUGGGAUCUCGAACACCUCGAACGCCUGGUAGAACUCCAGGUAGAACGCCUGGUAACAGCACACCUUUGAAGUAUUCUAGUAGCCUUUCUGAAGCUGGAUUAGGGAGAGAUGCUAACGGUGCUACGGCUGUAGUCAACAAUCUAAUGAAGGAAUUUGAGCAGCGUAGACAGACCUUUGAUGGUGAUGUCAAGUCUUUGACUGACGGUAGAAUUGAGCAAUCUGCUUGCUCGAAUUCCAUUGAAGAACUUAGGAAACUCAAACAUAGAUUUGAGGGGUGGAAGAAAGAAUACAAGGUUAGAUUAAGGGAGGCAAAAGCAAGACUUUAUAAAUCAGGGAACUCAGAUAUGGAUAAAAGUCGGCGAAAAUGGUGGGGAAAGUUUAAUAGAUAACAUUCCGUUUGCAAAUGUUCUCUUUGCCAAAAGUCUAUACAAGUUCACAAUGAUUGUUGUCAUAAACUGUCCCUUUCAGGAGUUGCUUCUUCUGUAUCUUGUGGGAAUGUUUGAUUAGUGUUAAUUUUGUACUAGUUGAUGAAGGGAAAAAUAUUGUAUAUCUACCAAUUUUGUGACAUGGGGGUGAGUUGUUUGUAUAGUUGUAGUCUUCUAGUUCUAGGGUUGCAUAGUUGUAAUAGCAGUAUAGUUUUCUCUUGUAUAUUCUGUAAAACCUAGCCCCAAGAGUAUAAAUAGACAGUGUUGAUGUCUUCAAAAUGAAAGGAAAAGAAUUUCAUAUCUCGCUUUUGGUUAAAUAGUUAGAAGCUCAAUUAAUGUGGAGGUUCAUUUCCCAGGAGAUCAGUACUGUUAUUUGUUGGGCUUAGAUGUUCAUUUUCGUGUUUGUAAUUGAUUUUUAUAUUUAUGCAAUCAAGAAUCAAAUGAUUUGUUUUA